UCCAUCCGCAUCACUGAACAACACGCGUGCUUGGGAUUCCCAUCCAUACAAAAUCCCACAUUGAAAUAUCACAACGUAACCCGCUACUACAGCGGUGGGCCCACUUUGGACUUCUUUAUUUCCUUUCGUCCUUUGCCUACCUAGCCAUCAGACCACCUGCAUAUCAGUCCACAACAGCACACACCAUGGCAUCACGAGGCUACGGCAGCGCCCCCACACAAACACGCCAGUCUAUGGCUUCAUCUGGGGGGGCUGUUAAAGCUAGGCAACUGGCCCAACUCCAACAACAACUAGCCCAGCUUUCCAACAACCUCGCCGACACUGAGAACCUCCUCCGUAUGACCAGCGUACAGGCCGAGUCCAUGCGCGGACUGGGAAGUUGGCAUGCGGGGCUAUUCAUGGCCGCGAGUAAAGUCCUUGGGGAGGAGUCGGUCCAACAGAACCAGCAGCAGGGAGGAGGCGGACCAAACUGA